AUGAGGCUAACUGAAGCUUUGGUAACUACUGGAUAUGUUCAAAGUAAGUUUGAUUACUCACUUUUUACAAAAAGAAAGGGAACAAAAAUAGUAAUCAUGCUUAUAUAUGUUGAUGAUCUGAUGAUUACUGGAAAUGAUGCUGCCAUGAUAGAAGAAUUGAAAAAGAUUUUGCAUGCUAGCUUCAGAAUGAAAGAUUUAGGUGAACUUAAAUACUUUCUUGGUUUUGAGAUACUUAGAUCUAGAGAAGAGAUCUUGUUGAACCAAAUGAAGUAUGCAUUAGAGCUGAUAGAAGAAAUAGGAUUAGGUGGUGCUAAACCUGUUUGUACACCUAUGGAGCAGAAUAUUAAGCUUACCACUGCCGGUUAUGAUUCUAGUUUAAUUAAAAAUGGUGGGAAGAAGAUAGAUGAUGAAGUGCUGCAGGGUGAAAAAGAAAUCUACCAGAGGUUGAUAGGUAGGUUGAUUUAUCUCACUCAUACAAGGUCGGAUAUCACUUUUGUGGUACAUCAUCUGAGUCAGUUCAUGCAGCAACCAAAACGCUCGCACUUGGAAGCAGCUCUUCGAGUGGUUAAGUACAUAAAGAAGAACCCUAGUCAAGGGAUCUUAUUGUCUUCUGCAGGACAAUGUCAACUAUCAACAUUUUGUGAUGCUGACUGGGCAGCUUGUUUGAUGACAAGGAAGUUGGUUACUGGGUUUUGUGUCAAAUUAAGAAAUUCCUUAAUUUCCUGGAAGUCAAAAAAGCAGAACAUUAUAGCAAGGUCGUCAGCAGAGGCGGAAUACAAAGGCAUGGCAAUGGUAGCAGCAGAAAUUGUAUGGCUAAAAGGUCUGUUAGUAGAGUUGAGUGUGAGGGAUCUUCAGCCGGCUAAACUUUACUGUGAUAGCAAGGCAGCACUGUAG